UUUAGUGAAAUUUCGUCAAUCGCAGCAUGUCGUGGCUACUUCAUCCAUGGCUAAUCUUCUUUGGUGCAUCCCUACUGGGGUUUGAAGGUUGUGAAGCUUUUUUUCUGAGGCAUACCCAGUCUGGAAAGUGUGUUUCUGCAGGGUAUUUAAUUUUGGAGAGUACUACUGCCACACGUUAUUGGGCUGAAUUGGUUGACGACUGUUUGUAUAAAAAUGCAUCAUUCCGUUACCUUCAGAGCGAACUUGUGCGUAAUAUUGCCACAGGAGGAAACCUUAUCACAUCUGGCGGAGAAAUAUACCGUAAACGUUUGUUCAUAUAUGUCGGCAAAAGUCUGGUGGGAAAAAAUUUUGAGAGCAGUCUUGUUUACCGUCUAAAACAAACCAAUGAUGGAUCACUAUAUUUUUACGACAAAGUGGCAAACUCGUGUUCUCAGCCUGAUGCCAGAAGAAAAUAUAUUGAUCAAAAAAAGAAUGGAUGCACAGGCACAGCGGAACAAAAGUUUACUUUUGGUUCAGUGACACAGUAUGGUACCAAAAUGAAUGAUGUUCAUUGUUCUCCAAAACAACAUAUGGUGGUUAAGAAUGCUCGUUAUGGAGACUUUAAUAACAAUGGUAUAUUUAAUGGCGAUCAAGCUGUAAGAUGA